AUGGCGCUCGUUUUGAGGAAGACGUGUCUACCCAAAAACGUUACCGUUCUGCGUAACAUCAAAAGAACCAACGUAACAUCUUCUGGAAGACGGAUCGCGCCAGCUUUGGCGGCCCCCGCCGGCGAUGCGUCUCUAACCGUACCGUGGUGCAAAUCGCGCGUUGCCAAGCCAAUCGGCGGCGACUACGUCGGGGCGCGGCACUAUGGCGACAAGAAGGAGGAGGAAAAGAAGGAUGCUCAAACUUGCCAGAAUCAGAAUUGCCCGCACUGUGCGGGCGACCCCAAUUCCUUGCCCGCCUUGCGGCCCGUGCGGCCCAUGCGGGCCGUGUGGACCGUGUGGACCAUGUGGGCCUUGCGGACCGUGCCGUUUCCCGUGCCCGUGCGGACCCUGCGGACCCUGUGGACCCUGUGGACCCUGCGGACCCUGUGGACCCUGUGGACCCUGUGGACCCUGCGGACCCUGUGGACCCUGUGGACCCUGCCCACCGUGCGGACCGUGCGGCCCCUGCGGCCCGUGUGGUCCUUGCGGCCCCUGCGGCCCGUGCGGGCCCUGCGGACCAUGUGGACCAUGUGGACCCUGCCCGCCAUGUGGGCCGUGCCCAUGCCCCUGUCCGUGCCCGGCGAAAGUCCCGCCGAAGAAAUGCGAGCGCAGCGAUUGCCCCCUAUGCGGCGCCCAAGCUGGUAUGGCUACGGGGACUGGCAUUACAGGCGCAACCGUCUCUACGACAGAAGGGAAAACUACACGAGAAAGCUUGAAAAAGCAUAU